AUGGCGCAAAUGGAUCCCGAUGCGGUGGCGAAGGCCUUCGUGGAACAUUACUACUCGACCUUCGACACUAACCGUGCCGGUCUCGCCGGUCUCUACCAGGAAGCCUCCAUGCUCACCUUCGAGGGUCAGAAGAUCCAAGGAGUCCAGAGCAUCGUCGCCAAGCUCACAUCCCUCCCCUUCCAGCAGUGCAAGCACCACAUCUCCACCGUCGAUUGCCAGCCUUCUGGUCCCGCCUCCGGUAUGCUCGUUUUCGUCUCCGGCAACCUCCAGCUGGCCGGCGAGGAGCACGCCCUCAAGUUCAGCCAGGUCUUCCUCUCUCUGUUUCUUACUAUGUAUUGCUUCUUUUCUGAUUCUGUUCACCUCGAUUUCUUGUCUGUUUACCGAUUGAUCUAUCUGCUUGAUUGUCGACUUGCCUGUGAUUUUGAUAAUUAG